AAUUGGAAUGUAAAACCUAGCUGUUGCCCCCGCUGAGGUUCAAACUUUAACCCAAAUCUCAAGCUACCAUUGUUGCCACAGAGACACAGCGCUGCAACUUCUCUCCUCCGCGCCCAAAGUUCACUCUUUCCUUGUCGCUCUAGCCAUACAGUAACCCUACUCUCUCGCUCUGGACGGAGGAUAACAGGUUUAAGGUACAAUUAGAAGAAGAAUAAGUGAGGGACUUGGUCAUCUUUGGUCCCUUUUCUCAAGAUCAGUGAUAAAAAAAAUUGGUGACUCGAUCAUGGACUUGCGCAAGUCACUCAUGGGCAGGUGCUAAAAACACUCAGACUCUGGUGAAUCUCACCAAGUUACAGACCCGGUUUUUUUUCACAGACACUUACCCAAGUUGGAUCACCAACGAGGCCGAGUCAGUGGCUAACUCGGGCUUGGGAUCCUGAACGAGGAAGCUUUGUGGUGCAAGUGAAAAUAAAAUGGCGGGUGCUCUUUGUGGAGAAACCCUACCAUCAUCAUCUAUUGUCGUAGAGCCUCAGCGAAGAGCCCCAAAACGAUUUACCAGGCAACAAAUCCCAGACUCCAUUCUGAAUGACCCUUCUUUAAAGACUGCAAUGGCCCUCCUUCCCACCAACUACAAUCUCGAAAUCCCCAAGUCCAUAUGGAGGAUUCGACAGGCUGGUGCCAAGUGCGUCGCCCUCCAGUUUCCUGAUGGACUCCUCAUGUAUGCCCUCAUCAUCUCUGAUAUCCUUGAAACAUUUGCCGAGGUCGAGGAGUGCUUCAUCCUCGGUGAUGUCACCUAUGGCGCUUGUUGUGUUGAUGAUUUCACUGCUACAGCCCUAGGGGCUGAGCUUCUUAUACAUUAUGGCCACAGUUGUUUGGUCCCCAUUGACAUCUCUGAUAUCCCAUGUCUAUACAUUUUUGUGGACAUAACCAUUGACUCCAAUCAUCUUGUUGAAACAAUUAAGCAUAAUUUCGACCCCUCAGUGAAAAUAGCUUUAGCUGGCACCAUUCAAUUCUCGACUGCAAUAAAUGCUGCUCAAGCUGCCCUUAUCACUGAUUUUCCUUCUGUAGCUGUGCCCCAAGCAAAGCCCCUUUCGGCUGGAGAAGUGCUUGGGUGCACAUCACCGAAGCUUCCCAAAGGAGCGGCUGAUGUAGUUGUGUUUGUUGCUGAUGGGAGGUUCCAUCUUGAGGCUUUUAUGAUUGCAAAUCCUGGUGUCAAGGCCUUCAGGUAUGAUCCUUAUCUCAAGGUUAUGAUAUUGGAGAAAUAUGAUCAUAAAAGCAUGAGAGAAGCCCGAAAGAAUGCCAUAUUACAAGCGAGGGGAGCAAAGAUGUGGGGUUUGCUCCUUGGUACUCUAGGGCGGCAAGGGAAUCCCCGAAUUUUAAUGCACUUUGAGAAAAGGUUGGCUGAGAAGGGACUUGAAUGUAUGGUAAUUUUGAUGUCUGAGCUGUCGCCUUCUAAGCUUGCUCUCUUUGGGGAAUCGAUAGAUGCAUGGGUGCAAAUCGCUUGUCCCCGCCUCUCAAUAGAUUGGGGCGAAGCUUUCGAUAAGCCUUUGCUCACGCCUUUCGAGGCUGAGGUUGCACUUGGUUUUGUUCAACCUUGGUGGGAGAAGCCACAAUUAAGUAGGGGGGGCUCCAUGGAUGCAACAUGUUGUCAGGGGUCAACCCCAUGCUGUCAAAAUGCUGAGAAAGGGAAGAAUGGUAUGGAAAAUGGCAAGGAUCUCAAAGACAAUGGUUUAUGCGCAUCGGAAAUGGAAGAAAUGGAUUAUCCAAUGGACUAUUACGCCCAAGAUGGUGGGGAGUGGAAUUGCUCUUAUGCUAAGAGGGCUCCUCGUGAAAGAAGAGUGAGGACUAAUCCUUUGAGUACUGGUUGAUUUUUCAUACUAAUUUUUCUUUAUCUUUUCUGUAGCGGCGCUUUUGAUGCGAUAUGUUGAUGUUUGUUUAUUCAUUCUUAGCUCAUUUACUUUUGAAGUACAUUUGUUUCCUCUCUGAAAAAAGCAGCAUACAAAAUAUGUAAGAAAUCAGGUCGUGUACUUCGGACAAGAAAUCUUGUAUUAUAGUAUAAGACUUUGCUCGUGAAUCGAUCCAAAAACAUUACUUGUAAAGCCA